UAAUAAUACAAAGGCAGCCCUUACGGCUCCAAUUGCUAACGUGCACAACAGAGGCAGCAAUGAUUUGGGUUGUGGGGAUAUGGGUUCUCGUUGUGGAAGGCUAUGGACACUUUGCCGUUGGAGACGAUGUCCCAGAAGGACGUCUCGUCUUCCCACAACUGGUACAAAGUAGAAGCGAAAACGGCGCCAAAGUUCUUAAGGUGGCCGACGAUCUGGUGUUUACGCUCACGAAGAGCGGGAACAUCUUUGGCGAGAACUUCAUCGUUCGCACAUUCAAGGAGGAUGGCUACACCAUGGAGGAGCAUACGUUGAAUGCCGCGGACUUCGAGAAAGACCUCUAUCAGGAUAAAGACAAGAUGGCUGCAGUGAUGGUCAAAGAACAAGAAGGUCUACAAGUGGAAGGUGUUUUAGGUUUAGGUCUUCGCAUUCGACCAAUGCCUGAGAUGGAACGGUCGGACUAUGGCCACGUGGCUCAUGUGGUUUACGAGGUGGAAGAAGGUGAUUCGCACCUUACACGUGCCGUUCGAGAAACUAGUCAUCGCGCGCAAGUCAGUGAACGAAGAGGCGAACAGUACAAUGCUGUUAUGCCCUUUAUUAUUUAUCCGGAGAUUCAUAUCAUAUCGGAUUCAACGCACGUUAGUUACUUCAAAGACGGAAUGACAAGCGCCGUCGAAUACUACGGCAUAUUCAUCAAUGCCGUGAACCUGAGGUACCAGAGCGUUUCCAGUCCGGAGGUUUCACUCAAGAUCAUGGGAAUAACGCUAAACUCGGAAAAAGAAGACAAAAACUACAUCUUUCCUAUCCCCACGAGUUCCACAGACCAGAUCUGGGGUGUAGAAUCUCUCUACAAUGUGACUCACUACAUUGCGAAGAAGCAUCUGUACAAAGACUACGACAUUGUGUAUCUCACUACUGGGUUGGACCUCCUGGGCUACGAAAAGGAUGGACGACCCGAAAGUUAUAGGGGCUUUGGCUUCGAGGGAACCGCUUGUGAAUACUUCAAGACGGGAAUUGGUGAAGACUGGCUCAGAAGGUUCACGGGGGUUCAUACCUUUGCUCAUGAGAUAGCCCACAUACUCGGAUGUCCUCACGAUGGCGACUAUGCGUCCACUGCUCUGCUGAACGCCCCAGGAUCCCGGCACUGUCCUUGGACUGAUGGCUACAUCAUGAGCUAUAAGGACACUGGUCUUAAGCACUUCAUGUUUUCGCAGUGUUGCAACGACAUGAUGAGCUACACCGCACGCCGUAACCCCUGUCUCCGGGAGAAAAACGUGUAUACUGGCCAUACUAACGCCACAAAGUUCCCGGGAGAGGUUAUCAACUUGUCGAAGCAGUGUUCCUGGUGGUAUCCCACUGUGAAUGAAACCUAUGCCAUGACGAACUACGCAAUGGGAAUCUGCCGGGUGAAGUGUUUCAUGCCAAAGUACUACUUGGGUUGGGAGACCCACACCGUCAUUCCCGUUUUGGACGGGACGCCCUGUAUGUCUAGGGAAGACCAAAGGGUAUACGAUAACAAAACGGCUUGCUAUAAUGGUGUCUGCCAAAAGAAGCGUAAAAUAACAAGCCGGAAGAAGCAAUAGUUACUGUGCUCAGGUUUUGUCGUCAUGAAUAUAGAAGGAAGGCAACGCUGAAUUACGAGAAAAGUUAUCAAACAGAAUAGAAAACGUCUCCUCUCUUUCUUA